AUGGAGAAGAUGUUCCAAGCACUCCAGUUCCCUGAAGAAACAAAGGUCCGAUUAGCCAUUCCCCAGCUGAUAGGAAGCGCCGAAUUUUGGUGGACAACCAUGGAACCAGCAUACCCUGCCAGCAGGAUAACUUGGAGGGAUUUCACGAGGCUGUUCUAUGCAGAGUAUUUCCCGAACUCGGUGAGCCAGAUGAAACAAGAUGAAUUUUUGACACUGACGCAGUCCGAGCAGAUGUCCAUCCUACAGUAUGCCAGCAAAUUCAACGAACUGGGCCGGUUCUGCCCCCAGUUCAUGGACAAUGAAAGGAGUAAGGCAAGCCGGUUUGAGCGGGGGCUGAGGUACAGGAUCAGAUCCCGGAUAUCUUCUCACCUAUUCACCUGCUACAGAGACGUGCUGGACCGGGUCUUGAAGGUUGAGGCCGACUUGAUGAGGCCUGACAUAGAAAGAAAUGAUCUGAUGAAGGUCAGGCCAGCAGGAGGACAGAGCAGUAGGCCCAGAGGCAUCAAGGGGUCUAUGAUUAAGAAAAGACAGAACCGAGAUUGCCCUAGCUGCGGCAAGCAUCAUAGUGGGCCCUGUCUGAGGAAAAUUGGGGCCUGUUUUACCUGCGGGCAGAUCGGACAUAUAGCACGUGACUGCCCAAGGAGAGCCCCCAGACCUCCUGCACCCGAGGGCCAGAGGCCAAGGAACAACCCCCGAGUAUUCGCGCUGACUCGCCAGGACGCCAGUGCGAGCGACCAAGUGGUGACAGGUACACUGCCAGUUAAUUUGAUUGAUGCCUCUAUUCUGUUUGAUUCUGGUUCUACACAUUCCUUUGUGUCGGUUAGUUUUUCCAAGCAGUUGCAUUGCACAUCUGAGAAAAUAGAACCAUUGCAUGUUGCCACACCCCUCAAAGAAACAAUAAUAGUCGACACUAAAUACAAGAACUGCAUAAUUCAGUUGGGAGGAAAGGAGUUAGAGGCAAAUCUUCUACAGCUUGACAUGCAUGAUUUCGACAUUAUUUUGGGAAUGGACUGGAUGUCCCAGUACCACGCCCAUAUUGACUGUUACCAUAGAAAGUGGUAUUCCGGAUGCCAGGGGAACCAGAGUUCUUCUUUCUGA